AUGUUUGACUACAAAUGCUUCAUAAAAAAUCCGUUUCCUCGUAUUAAACUUAGUGUGGAUUACUUUAGAUAUUUAACUGUCCUGGUGUUUGAUCCUAACGAAAUGGCCCCAGCAGCUACUGCAGUUAAGCCUCGGCCCGAAGAUGAUCCAUUUGGCAUCAGGGCAGUGCUUCUUGGUCCUCCAGGAUCUGGUAAAGGUACUCAGGCACCACUUCUUAAAGAAAAAUAUUGCGUUUGUCACUUGUCGACUGGAGACAUGCUGCGAGCAGAGGUCGCAUCAGGUUCAGAGCUAGGGCGCAGGCUUAAGAAGGUCAUGGAUGAUGGCAAGCUAGUAUCAGACGAGAUGGUUGUUGAUAUGAUUGACAAAAAUCUUGAUCAGCCUGAUUGUAAGAAUGGUUUUCUUUUAGACGGCUUUCCAAGAACUGUAGUUCAAGCUGAGAAGUUGGAUGAUUUGCUGGCUAAAAGGAAAACAUCACUUGAUGCAGUUAUUGAAUUUGGCAUUGAAGAUAGCUUGUUAGUACGAAGAAUAACAGGUAGGUUGAUUCAUCCAUCAAGUGGACGCAGUUAUCAUGAAGAGUUCCAUCCUCCUAAGAAGGCUAUGACAGAUGACGUAACUGGAGAACCUCUGAUAAAACGGUCCGAUGACAAUGUUGAUGCUCUAAAGAAACGCCUUGCCACAUAUCAUGCUCAAACUGUACCUCUUGUUGACUACUACAUGAGGAAAGGUCUCCACUGGAGGGUAGAUGCUGCUAAUUCUGCAGAACAAGUCUUCAGCAAGAUUGACAACAUAUUCAAAAGUAGAAUCUUUAGUAGGGAAAAAGCGGCCCAGUAA